AUGUCAGAAGAGCAAGUGAAAAAUGUUCGAUUCCAGCCUACGAUUCGCUUAACUACGACUCUUACAGAUAUGACAGUGGAUGAUGAAUUAGUAACAACAGAAAAAUAUUUACUUGAUCAACAUUUAAUUCACAAUGCUCACAGCAAUGAUCAAUUUCGUUUACAAUGGGAAGAAUUGAAUAUAUAUCACUCUAAAUCGGAUAACGAAUCAAGUUAUGAACAACUCAUCAAGAAAGGGCAAAAAUAUGGUUUUCAUGUUGUGAAGCAAGUUAAAGAAAAGGAAACAACCCAUUUUUAUUUAUCUCAAUCUAAUCAAAUGGCAUCUAUUGAAGUAUCAAAAUAUUUACUAGCUGCACUCGUUAUGCAAAUACCUUUUAUAACAGAAGAGUGGAUUGACAAUAUGACACAUACACAUGAUAAAGGAUUUGAUUUGCAUGCAUUCAAUAAUAGCCAACCUAUUAUUGUAGAAAGAUAUGGUCCUCUUCAAAGAUCUGCUGUUUUCGGUCCUGAUAAAAGAAGAAAAACCUUAUUUCGAAAUUUGCACUUUUGGUUCUUUGAUGAGAACCAAUUUAAGGACAAAAAAUAUUUUAUUGAACGUGCUGGUGGUAAAGCAAGUCUUCAUACGUUUGAAGAAGCACUAGAAUCAACAAUUCAUCCUGGGAUUUUAUUUGUUCAAGUUCCUUAUGAAACAGAAGCAUGGGUGCCGGUAGAAGAGAGAUUUUGUCUAGAACAAGAUGCAACAAGAUGUAUUAUUGAUUUUGAAAUAUUUUUUAGUAUCAUUUAUUGUUCAACUAACUUCAUGUGUAACCCCAGUGCCAACUUGAAAGAUCAUAUAUCGCCCGAUGAUCCAAUUUAUGAAUCAUUGCCCACAAUGUAUCCAACCAUGCCAACAAGUUCUCUUCGUCCAGUUAAGGUUGAAGCUAUGGUAUCAAACUCUUUAGCAGAUACUUUACCGAUAAAUGAUAAUGAUCUUGACAUUAAAAUCAAAGAGGAACCUAUUCCACUCGAGUUGUCCCUUUAUCAUGAUAAUCAUUUGACAAUAGACGAAAAGCACUCCUUAACACUCAAAUCUUUUAUAGAAGAAGAAGAUCCAACACUCAAUUAUAGUAUUCAUGAUGAUGUUGGACCUAAUACAUUGGAUGACAUCGAGCUUCCCUCUAAUAUGAAUGACAUGAGUGACUUCUUUAAUGAAAUGCUACCUAUUCUAAAUAAUCCAUCCAAAAAGAAAAUUCAAAAAGAUACAGAAAAUCAAAGACGGGAAGAAGAAGAGGAAAGACAACAACUCCGUCAACAAGAAGAGAAAAUGAAACGACAAGAGGACAUGAUGCGCCAACAACAACAAGAAGAAGAAGAAAUGGCAAAAGCAGAACAAAGACGUAAACGUGAGCGUCAAGUUCAAGAAAGAGAACGAGAACGAGAAAAUGAGCAAGUGAAGCGACAAAGGUUAGAAGUUGAAUUGCAACAUCAAGAACAAGAAGUUAGUUAUUUAAAGAAAGAAGAAGUUCAUGAAACAUAUACAGAACCUAUAAUUCAAAACGAUACCCUAAAUAAUGAAUUAAGCACAGACAAUAACCAAGGGAAAUUUACUAAAGUUGUAUUUGCAUCAUUAGUUGUUAAAUCGAGGCCACCACAACGACAGCUACAGUUAGAACAGAGUACAGGCAUUAACUAUAAAAGAUUUAAAAAAGUACGUCCACUUCAAUCAGCAAAUAUAACUGAUGUUAUUCGAUUAACUGCGAACCAUAAUGACCGAGUGCAUGAUCAUAGAGCAAAUCAACACCAACACACUCCUAUACCAGCAGUAAGAGUUCAAGAUACAAAUGAAUUAGACCCAGAUAUCGCUAUUCGUCCAGUAAUUAUUAGGAAAAGAACGAUAAGAUAA